GUCUCCGCAGCGGGAGGAGGAGGAGGAAGGAUCCGGGGUGUCGGCGGAGCGCGGGGGGCUGAGGACCACCCGCCUCCCUCCGCGCGGGCGCCUUUGUGUCCCCCAGCCCCGGCGGAGCGAGGGGCCGCGGGCAGGGGAGCGGAUGCGAAGAGCGGCUGGUGCUGGAGGGGAGAGAGAGAAAGGGGGAUGGUGGAAGAUUUCUCUCCUUUUUUAUUUUUUUUUUUUUGGUGGUCUCUUCGGCAGCGGCUGUUCUUCCCCAGCAGCAGCAGCAGCAGAGGCGGCAGCAGCAGCAGCAGCAGCAGCACAGGCAAUGACUCUGCCGCAUCCGAAUCGCCUGGCCGGUGGUGCCGGCUCCGGAGACAUCACCUUGCUCUGAAGUUGCCCACCUGGAGGAGGUAAAUCGGAGCGGGGCUUUCGUCCAGAGGGGUCGGCGACGGCGGGGAAGAGGAGGAAGCGAUCGCCUCUCCCAUCCCCACACACCCUUGUCCUCCGGGAGGAAGCUUGUGUAGCAGAAGAACACGGCAGAAAAGGAGAGACUUCUACUUCUAUUUUUUCCUUCCUUUUUUUUUUUUUUUUUUUUUUUACAUUUUUCCUUCCUUGAGGGACGUUCCGUGCUUCUCGUCCUCCCCUUUUCCUUCUGGCUGGGGGCUUUGGUACUGUGGCCAGGUCUGCUUCCUACUCCCUCCCCUGGCUUUAAUGGCUGGAUUGUGGCAGCAGCUCUCUGCUGCAGGUUGUUGAGGAUCUGAUGGGGACUCGCAUCUCAGGAGCCGGAGGUGAAUAAAGCAAUGUUGAAUACGGUACUCUGCAAAAAAUAGCGUGUGGAUUUCUAGCACCUGAAGAACAAGAAAAGGUCUCAGACUCUGGAUACUGGCUGUGGGAUUUUUUUAUUACUAUUAUUUUUGAUUGUUUUUUUCCCAUUUUUGGAUGCGAAUUGAAGGCCAACAGUUGAAGUGUUGGAAGCAAGUACAGGAGGACUCUCACUUUUUUGUUUGAACCCUUGUUUGCUGGGAUACUUUCAAGCUCUCCUUCACAGUCAUGUGGUCAUCACAGCUGCUGUUCUUCACAAUGCUCUUAACACCGAUAGCCCAUGCUUUCAGCCGAGCCCCGGUCCCCAUGGCUGUGGUCCGAAGGGAGCUGUCCUGUGAGAGUUACCCCAUUGAGCUGCGCUGCCCAGGAACAGAUGUUAUCAUGAUCGAAAGUGCCAACUACGGGAGGACUGACGAUAAAAUCUGUGACUCUGAUCCUGCUCAGAUGGAGAAUAUCCGCUGUUAUCUGCCAGAUGCCUAUAAGAUUAUGACUCAAAGGUGCAGUAAUCGGACCCAGUGUGCAGUUGUUGCUGGCCCUGAUGUGUUUCCAGACCCAUGCCCUGGGACAUACAAGUACCUGGAAGUGCAGUAUGAAUGUGUACCUUACAAAGUGGAACAAAAAGUUUUUCUUUGCCCCGGACUGCUGAAAGGAGUGUACCAGAGUGAACACUUAUUUGAAUCUGACCACCAGUCUGGUGCCUGGUGCAAGGACCCUCUGCAGGCAUCUGACAAGAUCUACUACAUGCCCUGGACGCCUUACCGGACAGACACACUGACGGAGUACUCCUCCAAGGACGACUUCAUUGCCGGGAGGCCAACCACGACCUACAAACUCCCGCACCGGGUGGACGGCACGGGGUUCGUGGUGUACGACGGGGCUUUGUUCUUCAACAAGGAGCGAACCAGGAACAUUGUCAAGUUUGACUUGCGGACAAGGAUAAAGAGCGGGGAGGCCAUCAUAGCGAAUGCAAACUACCAUGACACCUCUCCCUACCGCUGGGGAGGCAAGUCUGACAUAGACCUGGCUGUGGAUGAGAACGGGCUGUGGGUAAUCUAUGCAACAGAACAAAAUAAUGGCAAAAUAGUCAUUAGCCAGUUAAACCCUUACACGUUAAGGAUCGAAGGAACGUGGGAUACUGCCUAUGACAAGAGGUCAGCUUCUAAUGCCUUCAUGAUCUGUGGGAUUUUAUAUGUGGUGAAGUCUGUGUAUGAAGAUGACGACAAUGAAGCCACAGGGAAUAAAAUAGACUACAUAUAUAACACUGACCAAAGUAAGGAUAGCAUGGUGGACGUGCCCUUUCCAAACUCCUACCAGUACAUUGCUGCUGUGGAUUAUAAUCCCCGGGACAACCUCCUUUAUGUAUGGAACAACUACCAUGUUGUAAAAUACUCCUUGGAUUUUGGCCCGCUUGACAGCAGAGCAGGGCAGGCUCACCAUGGGCAGGUUUCCUACAUUGCCCCACCGAUCCACCUCGAUUCGGAUCUGGAGAGACCGCCAUCCAAGGGAGUAUCGACUUCGGGGGCUCUGGGCCCGGGGAGCACCACUGCUAGCACCACACCACGGAUGGCCACCAGCACCACCGGCCGCCCUACCACCACCUCGGCUUCUGGCAGGAGGAACAGGAGCACCAGCACACCAUCGCCCAUGGCCGACGUCCCCGACGAGAUGACCACGCACCUCCCGCCCGCCUCCUCCCAGCUGCCGCCCGCCGGUGCGGAGAGCUGCGACCCCGUGGAAGCCCGCGAUAUCAUGUGGUCUCGGACUCGGCAGGGCCAGGUGGCGAAGCAGCCGUGUCCCAUGGGCUCAAUAGGGGUUGCGACUUUCCGAUGUCUUGCACCAGAUGGUAUCUGGGAACCCCAAGGACCUGAUCUUAGCAACUGCUCUUCACCCUGGAUCAACCACAUUACUCAAAAGAUGAAGUCGGGGGAGAUGGCUGCCAACAUUGCCCGGGAGCUCGCGGAGCACACCAAAAACCACCUGUACGCCGGUGACAUCGCGUACUCCGUGUCCGCCAUGGUCCAGCUGGUGAACUUGCUCGACGUGCAGCUCCGGAACCUGACUCCAGGCGGGAAGGACAGUGCUGCACGCAGCUUAAAUAAGCUUCAGAAAAGGGAGCGCUCUUGCAGGGCCUAUGUCCAGGCCAUGGUGGAGACGGUGAACAACCUCCUGCAACCACAGGCUCUGAAUGCGUGGAGGGACCUGAAUGCAAGCGAACAGCAGCGCGCAGCCACCAAGUUGCUCGACACCGUGGAGGACAGUGCCUUUGUGCUGGCUGAUAACCUGCUGAAGACAGACAUCGUCCGGGAGAACACUGACAACAUCCAGCUGGAAGUUGCGAGACUAAGCACAGAUGGGAAUCUGGAAGAUCUGAAGUUUCCCCAGAACAUGGGCCAUGGGAGCGCCAUUCAGCUGUCAGCAAAUACCUUGAAGCAAAAUGGUCGAAAUGGUGAAAUCAGGGUGGCUUUUGUACUGUACAACAACCUGGGCACCUAUCUCUCCACGGAGAAUGCCAGCAUGAAGUUGGGAACAGAAGCAAUGUCGACUAAUCACUCCGUCAUUGUCAACUCCCCUGUCAUCACUGCAGCAAUAAACAAAGAGUUCAGCAAUAAGGUUUACCUGGCUGAUCCUGUGGUGUUUACUGUCAAGCACAUCAAGCAGUCAGAAGAAAAUUUCAACCCGAAUUGUUCGUUCUGGAGCUAUACAAAACGUACAAUGACAGGGUACUGGUCCACCCAGGGCUGUCGCCUCCUGACAACUAACAAGACACACACCACAUGCUCCUGCAAUCACCUAACCAACUUUGCAGUCCUGAUGGCACAUGUGGAAGUUAAGCACAGCGAUGCAGUCCAUGACCUACUCCUGGACUUCAUCACAUGGGUUGGCAUCCUGCUCUCACUGGUCUGCCUCCUGAUCUGCAUCUUCACCUUCUGCUUCUUCCGUGGGCUGCAGAGCGAUCGCAACACGAUUCACAAGAAUUUGUGCAUCAGCCUCUUCGUGGCAGAACUCCUCUUCCUCAUCGGCAUCAACCGGACUGACCAGCCGAUUGCCUGUGCCGUCUUUGCUGCCCUCCUGCACUUCUUCUUCCUGGCAGCUUUCACCUGGAUGUUCCUGGAGGGAGUGCAGCUCUACAUCAUGCUGGUGGAGGUUUUUGAGAGCGAACACUCCCGGAGGAAGUACUUCUAUUUGGUGGGCUAUGGCAUGCCUGCACUGAUUGUGGCCGUGUCAGCAGCGGUGGACUACCGGAGCUAUGGCACGGACAAAGUAUGUUGGCUCCGACUUGACACCUACUUCAUUUGGAGCUUUAUAGGACCGGCGACCUUGAUAAUUAUGCUUAAUGUCAUCUUCCUUGGGAUUGCUCUCUAUAAAAUGUUUCAUCAUACUGCCAUACUGAAACCUGAAUCUGGAUGUCUUGACAAUAUCAACUAUGAGGAUAACAGACCCUUCAUCAAGUCCUGGGUUAUAGGUGCAAUAGCCCUACUCUGCCUAUUAGGACUGACCUGGGCAUUUGGACUCAUGUAUAUUAAUGAAAGCACAGUCAUCAUGGCGUAUCUCUUCACCAUAUUCAAUUCUCUGCAGGGAAUGUUUAUAUUCAUUUUCCAUUGUGUCCUCCAGAAAAAGGUACGUAAAGAGUAUGGAAAAUGCCUGCGCACGCAUUGCUGUAGUGGGAAAAGUACAGAGAGUUCUAUCGGCUCAGGAAAAACCUCGGGGUCAAGGACACCUGGAAGAUACUCCACAGGCUCACAGAGCCGGAUUCGUAGGAUGUGGAAUGACACAGUUCGAAAGCAGUCCGAGUCUUCCUUUAUUACUGGAGAUAUAAACAGUUCAGCUUCACUCAACAGAGGAGCCAUGGCUAAUCAUCUUAUAACCAAUGCUCUGCUUCGUCCUCAUGGCACUAACAACCCUUAUAAUACAUUGCUCGGGGAAUCGGCGGUCUAUAACAACCCUUCUGUCAGCAUGUACAACGCACAAGAAAGUGGAAGGACGCCCAAGCAGGAGCCAGUCUUCAGGCGAGUCACCAUGGAAGACAGUGUCAUCUAGCACCUGGGGCACCCAACAAGCCUGCCUCAGCAAGCCCAUGCCAGCGUACCACCUCAGCCCCUCUGUGCCUCAGUUUACCCAUCCCUCACUUGGGAUCGCGCAACAGGAGAGGCAGGAGAAACUAGCCUCAACAAAACCCUCAGCAAACCCUUGCAUCCCCAAGGAGAAAACAGCCCAGCUGAGAUUCCUGCUGCCCUGUGCAUGGCAGUGCCCUGGAAAGUGCCCUCACCGUUUGGUCGCUCACCAGUUUUUUAAGAUGAGCAGAACGGGUGAAAAUUGUCUUUUGUAAUAAGAAAUUAGUUUCAUCUGCUCCAAACGUUGACUUUGCAACUUGAUAGCACUUAAAGAUGGCUGAGCGUGCUCACUCCACCAUCCUGAGCCCCUCACCGUGCUUGCAAGCUGGGCUGUAUAAAGUGAACCCACUGGAUCCAGGUUACUGUUGUAAAUACAGACCUGUCUGUGCAAAGAGCUAACAAGGAAAGGAAAAGAGGGACAAAGAAAUAGUCCUUACACCAGAAGAAGCUGAACUUGCCAACAGGGUACUGUCAAGCAAAGCUGUUGUGUGUAAAUAGGGACUGGCGCAUGUGUCCAGCAGCAGCUCUGCUUGGCAAAAGCUUCUCGGGGGAAAGCUGCUCAGAUUUUAUUGUCUUGUGUAAAUAGAGAUAUUUUUUUGAAAAAAAUAAGCCUUAGUAUCUUGAAGAUAGCGUUUCUCAAUCAGCUCAGCUGGGGAUGGAUAUGUGGGAAACCGUGGAGUCUGCCUGUGGAGGCUGGUGUGGGGUCUUGCAGCCAAGCUGUGCAGUCACGGUAGGUGCAGGAGGCACCUGAAGGAUGACAGACCCAUCCAUCAGAGGACUCGGCAGACAGUUAAUCCUUCAUCCACGUAAACAGGGUGGACUCACUGGGCCCAUGGUCUCCACUGGUGUAAAUACUCAGCUACAGCCCACAGAGGACUUGGGCUGCUUGGUGCAGUUGUAGGGGGGGUGGGGGUGGGAUGGGCAGAAAUCACCAGAAGGAUUCAAACCCCAUCAGUGUGGUUAUUCCCAGAGUUUUAGCAUUAGUUUCAAAAAAAGAAAAAAAAGAAAAGGAAAAAAAAGAACCCCUGAAGGCUUAUUAAUGGUGUUGGGCCAAUAGUUCAGCUGGCUAAAUGGAGGCAUGCAUAGACAUCUGUGUCCAUGUCAGCCAGUGCCUGUAUGUGCAGUUCUCCUCAGCAUGUUCGCAAAUGCGUGUGCAAGACUGUGCCUGGUGCGGGUGGGUGCCAGCCAGCGCAGGUCCCCAUGUCUGUGUAGCUGUGUCUGUGAGAGAAGCGAGAAUAUGGAUGUGUAUGUUGUACUCAACUUUAUAUGCCCAAGCAAGCUUGAGAAGUCAUAAGUAGUGCUGCCAGGUCCAGCUUUAUUAGCAUUAGCGCAGAGUAGUGUCCGCACCUCUCCAUGGAACGAGGCGUGGCGGGGGUGGCAUUAGGUGAGUAAAAGCUGAUAAAUCUCUGCUCCCCAUUGAGUUGUCAUCCACUGUCCCCUGCCGCGGCACAACAGUGGCCAUCUGCAAACACUGCCAGCAGAACAGGGCUGCACUCAGGCACGGGCGCUUGCAGAAUGUGAGCUGCUGCAGCAUGGUACCUGAUGGAAGCUGGAGAGGAGCUUCGGGUGUUCCCCUUCAUCCUUCACAACUACUUAUGCCUUAUUUACUCUGAGUCCAACCAUGUGGAUUCAGCCAGUGCAGGGAAAUUGGAAAAAAAGAAUUGAAAUUAAAAAUUGAAAUCGAGGAAAAAAACCAUACUUGAGAAAAAAAAAGAUAUUUUUGAAAAUUACACAGAAUAACUUUCUCUAGACAUAGAAGACUCUCUUCAGCCUAGCAUUUUCUAGAAAGCAGGGCCAGCAUGAAGUGUCCUUCCCCAUUAAAAAGCCAGAUAGUAUCAACCAACAUAUUUAGAAUAGUGUUGGGGGCAAAGCCCCUAUACCUUUGCUACGAAUGGCCAGUGGGCAAUAAACAGAAAUUGGAAGCUGCUUUAAAUGACUGAGGAGUGUGGGUAUCUAGAGAGGUAAUUUGCUUGCAGUGGUUCAAGGUGAGCUGCAAGGGUUGGUCUUUUCCUCUUGAGUACUUGAAUACCUCCUCUGUUAUCCGCCUCUCUCUGGCUGCUGUUGCCAUUAACACCUAACAACUGCUAGUGCCAAGUUAUUUACAUAUUUAUCACAUUUAUUUAUUUAUCAAACCAGUGCACAGAGGACACUGUGCUUUCAUUUGCCACAUGUGGAUGCCUCUUCCCUUGCCCGCUUCUCCAGCCUUGCAUAGUGUCCCUAGGCAAGGUGACCAUUGUCUUGGUGAGGGCUGCAACUGCAGGAAAGAAGAUAUUCCCUGUUUUUCCACUAGGUUGCAGGAAAGCAGAAAUCCACUGGGUUGUGUUUAGUGGUGGAUUUUUUUUUCAUUAGAGCCCUCACUAUUAGUUUCUCUCCCCAGACAAUCCCAUCAUUCUGGACCUUAAACCCUUGCCAUUAUGUCUAGAAGAGUUAUUCUUGGAGGCAUUUACAACAACCUGUAAUGUUUCUCUCUUUUUCCAACCCUGAAGAGCUGACACCCAGUAACUGACGGUUGUAAUGAUGAGCCAGACCAACCCCAAGUCCUAAUAAAAAUGGUGAAUCCCAUCCACUGCAUCCGUAUUGAUGGCACACAGGUUAUGUGCGGAGGUGAGCCAGUGAGGAGAGGGAGGCAGAUAUUCACUGAAGAUUGUGUCUGGGAGGUGCUGUUACCAAACCCACCCAGCCGCUGGGUUCCCCAGGGCAGAGUUUUGAUUUAAUCCAGCCCUGAGUCAAUAGUGAUUGACAUUUCACUUGCUUUCCAUAUCUUAACUGGACUUCCUUACUCCUCAGGCAUGGAAUGAAUCUUAAUACAUUGUAAUUACUGUACUCCUGGUGGUGAACCGGUAUGAAAAGCUAUCAUGGAGAGCAUUAAUAAAAUGUACAUUAUGAAAAA